AUGAUGGAAUAUGAAUACGGGUCAUUCAGAAAAGAAUCUGACUUUCAUAAUAGGUGCUGUGGUGGAGUACUGUGGUGCAUCAGGGACAUUUGUGGAAUAAUAUGUGCAAUUUUGACAUGGCUAUUGAUCCUAUACGCCGAAUUCGUCGUCAUGUCCGUUAUACUCAUUCCAAGUCCAUAUCCAAUUUAUAGUAUUAUUAAUAUGAUUAUUUUCCAAACAUGUGCAUUUUUAGCUUUGACAUCUCAUUUCAAAACAAUGUUUACUGAUCCUGGAGCUGUUCCCAAGGGCAAUGCUACAAAAGAGAUGAUCAAACAGAUGGGAUUCAGGGAGGGUCAAGUAAUAUUCAAGUGCCCCAAAUGUUGCAGUAUUAAACCAGAUAGGGCUCAUCAUUGUUCUGUUUGUCAAAGAUGUAUAAGGAAGAUGGAUCACCACUGCCCUUGGGUAAAUAAUUGUGUUGGAGAAAACAAUCAGAAGUAUUUUGUUCUAUUCACAUUCUACAUCGCCACCAUAUCGCUGCACUCGCUCUUCCUCGCCGUCAAUCAGUUCCUCACCUGCGUGCGGCACGAAUGGAAGGGCUGCACCUCGUAUUCGCCCCCCGCCACCGUCGUGCUGUUGCUCUUCUUGGCCUUCGAGGCGCUGCUGUUCGCCGUCUUCACGGCCGUGAUGCUGGCCACCCAGGUGCAGGCGAUAUGGACGGACGAGACGGGCAUCGAGCAGCUGAAGAAAGAGGAGGCGCGCUGGGUGAAGAAGUCCAGAUGGAAAAGCAUCCAAGCUGUGUUUGGGCGGUUCUCCCUGCUGUGGUUUUCUCCUUUUGCUCGACCUACCCCUAAGUUCAAGAACGAGUGUGGUUUGUACGCUGUUUAG